AUGGAACAAUUGGGUGAGCAAAAGAGUGCUGGAGGUAAAACCAGUGAAAUGGUAGCCGGAAAGUUUGUGCCAGUUGAAGUUAUUGAGCAAGAAGAUGACUGCACGGUUGAUGAUGAUGCAGAAUUAGAGUCUACUGAUGCUGAAAGUUUUCAUGAUAGUGAUUAUAACUUUAGCAAAGACGAAGAUGAUGUGAUUUUCCAGAAAACUAUUGCUACAUUGAAAAGAGGGUUCAAAACUGGUUGUAGACAUUUGAUUAGGGUGGAUGGUUGUCACUUAAGGGGUCCACACCCUGAAAUAUUGUUAACAAUAGUUCGUAUUGAUGCAAAUGACUGCAUCUAUCCUGUUGCUUAUGCCAUGGUGGAGAUCGAAAAUAAAAAUUCUUGGAAGUGGUUCAUAGAAUUUUUGAAGUAUGAUUUGUCAAUUUAUGAACAGAAGAGCUGGACCAUCAUUAGUGAUAGGCAAAAGGGUUUAGAAUCUGCUAUUGAAGAAGUGAUUCCAGGAGUAGAGCAUAGACAUUGUGUACGGCACUUACACAACAACAUAAAAAGGUUACACCCUGGACAAUCUCUUAAAAAUAGAUUUUGGGCGUGUGCACGAUCAUCCUAUAUGAGGAGAUUUGAACAUGAAAUGAAAAUUUUAAAAAAGUAUGAUGGCAAUGCUCACAGGUGGCUGCUAGACAACAUUAAUCUAGCACAUUGGUCAAGAUCACACUUUAGAAAAGCAGCAAAGUGUGAUAUUCUAUUGAAUAACUUGUGUGAGAGUUUCAACUUAGUCAUUGUAGACGCUAGAGAAAAACCAAUUCUUGGUAUGCUUGAAAACAUUAGAGUUUAUCUCAUGGAGAGAUUAAGGACAAAAAGAGAAUGGAUGAAGAAACGGACUAAUGAUAUUUGCCCAAAAAUUCAGAACAAGUUGGAAAAGGCAAAAACUAAGUGUGCUGCCAAUAUUGCUCGACAAUCAGAUGACAAAAGAUUUGAAGUCCAACACAUCUAUUGGGGAACCUAUGUGGUAGACCUAGAUAAGUGUACGUGUACUUGUAGAAAGUGGGAGCCCACAGGCUUGCCUUAUUGUCAUACUAUUGCAUGCAUUUCACUCGCCGGUGGCAAACCAGAGAACUAUGUGCACAAGUGUUAUUCAAGGGGGGCGUACUUGGCUACAUAUGAACCUGCUAUUGCUCCAAUAAGUGGUCCAAAUGCAUGGAAAGCCUCGACCAAGAAACCUGUACUGCCACCUAAGAAAAUGAGACUUCCUGGAAGGCCUAAGAAAGCAAGGAGGAGGGAAUCGGAUGAACCUCAAAAAGGCAGUAAUGGAGUUACAAAGUUGUCAAGAGCAGGAGCACACAGGCUCAUAGAUGAUCCAGAUGAGAAGAAUGAACCCAGAACUGAAGACCAUCUAGCUGGUUAA